AUGGAAUAUCGUGAUGAAACUAACGAUCAAGUAACAAUUGACUGUGCUAAUGCUAUUAAGAAGUAUAAUGUUGGCAUAAAGUGUGCCACUAUUACUCCAGAUGAGAAGAGAGUUGAAGAAUUCAAUCUUAAAAAAAUGUGGAAGAGUCCAAAUGGCACAAUUCGUAACAUUCUUGGUGGAACUGUCUUCAGGGAAGCUAUUAUUUGCAAAAAUAUUCCACGUCUUGUGACUGGCUGGGAAAAACCAAUAAUCAUUGGACGUCAUGCCCAUGCUGAUCAAUAUAAAGCAACAGACUUUGUUGUACCUGGUGAAGGACAGCUGGAACUUAUUUUCACCCCACCCUCAGGGGAACCAAUCAAGCAGGUUGUUCAUGAAUUUAAGGGUGCAGGAGUUGCCAUAGGUAUGUUUAAUACGGAUGCAUCUAUUAUAGACUUUGCACACUCUUCCUUUAAAUAUGCGCUAGAAAGGAAAUACCCAUUGUAUUUGAGUACCAAGAACACAAUUCUCAAAAAGUAUGAUGGUCGUUUCAAAGACAUUUUCCAAGAAAUAUAUGAAAGAGAUUACAAAUCUCAAUUUGAUGCGGCAGGAAUUUGGUAUGAGCACAGAUUAAUUGAUGACAUGGUAGCCUAUGCCAUGAAAUCAGAAGGUGGAUUUGUUUGGGCUUGUAAAAAUUACGAUGGUGAUGUUCAGUCUGAUUCCGUAGCUCAGGGCUAUGGUUCACUCGGUCUUAUGACUUCGGUGCUUCUGUGUCCUGAUGGGAAGACUGUUGAGGCCGAAGCUGCUCAUGGAACAGUAACAAGGCACUACCGUUUCUAUCAACAAGGCAAGGAGACAUCGACCAAUCCUAUUGCAUCAAUUUUCGCCUGGACGAGAGGGCUUUUACAUCGUGCUAAGUUAGACAACAACGCCGAAUUGAAGAACUUCGCUGAAACUUUGGAAAGUGUUUGCAUUGACACAAUUGAGUCGGGAGUAAUGACAAAAGAUCUUGCUAUAUGUGUUAAGGGUAUGAACAAUGUUAAGAGAGAGGAUUACUAUGAAACAUUCGCGUUUAUGGACAAACUGGCUGAAAACUUAUCGAAGAGGCUCGGGAAGUGA